CCGUUACCUCACUCAGGGGCCAGUGACGCAACGUCUUCACGUAUCCUUCAUGUGCGUCUCUUCUUGUUUCUUAUUGAGAGUCUUGCCGUCGCUCAGAGGGAGAAAGCGGGAUUCGCGACGAACCGAGAGUGCAGGACGGACCGGGUGCGCUCGAUACUAAACACUUCCCAUCCCGGGAGGAGAGCGGCGCACGAGAGCAGUCUCUCUCUCUCCCUCUCUCUCUCUCUUGCUCUCUCUCUCUCUCUCGCUGUCUCUCUCGCUCCCUCGCGCACACACACUCACGCCCGCGCGCACGCACGCUCCGCAUACGUCUCCACUUUGCCGUAGUAAAUUACGGCAUUGAUCUUAACGGCGAGUGCGGAUCUGUCUCUUGUGUUCGCCCUUUCUUCGACGGACCGACUUGGAGAAACCCUCGACAGAGAAGUAACUCCUCUCAUCCUGCAUGCGUCUGUGAGGACCCCUGGUCAUGUCCGUUUAGCUCCCCUGCGUGAUGCCUGAUCAUGACAGCACCACCCUCCUAACCAGACAGACGAAGCGCCGACGUGUCGACAUUGGGGUGAAAAGGACUGUGGGUAGCGCGAUAUUCACCCGCGCCAGGGAGACCCUGCUCGACAGCAUGAACCAAUCGCACAGCAUCGAUCAGGACGGAGACUGCUCGCUUGUCAGUCACGGCCAUGGGGGUACCAACGGUGACGGAGAGAAGUCAAAUGUUUUGAGGAAGUUGCUGAAGAGGGCCAACUCGUACGAAGACGCCAUAAUGCCUUUCCCUGGGGCGACCAUCAUCUCUCAGCUACUGAAGAAUAACAUGGGAAAGAAUGGAGGGAGUGACUCUGGCUUUCAGGGGAGUGGAGCUCUGUCCAGUGGAGGCUCAGAGAUCCAGGCCGAGGAUGCCUGCAGCAACUCCUCCCGUGACCAGGAUAGCCCCUCUGACUGCCUCUCUCCUGGGCCUCCUCUUCCCCCUCCGCCGUCCUCCUCCUCCACCUUCGGGCGGCCACCGCCUCCUUCGAGCCAUAACUCCCACGCUUCCUCUCAGUCACUCCCUCUUUCCUCCUUCGACUUGGACAGGCUGUCGGAUGAGCACCUUCGUGCAAAGCGCGCACGAGUGGAAAACAUCAUCCGCGGUAUGAGUCACUCGCCACUGGUCCGGCCAAACGCUGGCGACCACAACCAAGAAAGCAACCGCGAGAAUGAGAACAGAAGCAACAACAGCAACAGCAGCAAUGACCACCGAGGAGACGGCAACAGCCACAACAUCAGCAGCCAUGACCACAGGCGAAGUGACGGCCCUUCUUCCCUCCUGAGCUCUCCAGGUUCGCGGGGCGGUGUGGUCAGCGUUGGUGAGGUUUACAGGGAAAAUAAGAGAAAGCAGCGCCUGCCACAGCAGCAGCACAGCUUCACCCAGCUGGUGUGUUCAAGGCAGGAGCAGAGACAGGAAGAGAGACGGCAGCUCAAACUGCAGCUGGAGGACAUGCAGAAACAGCUACGUCAACUUCAGGAGAAGUUCUACCAGAUCUAUGACUCAGAGACAGAGGAAGAGGAAGAGAAUGGCGAGAGCGGAGAGGCCGACCGAGGUAGAGAAAGAGAGGAGGACGGCAACUUGUCAGAGGACAGUAUCCGAUCUGACGGCCUGGAGGAGAGGCACAGAGACAGAGGGCGACACAGCCACGACGAUCUGUCUGAGCUAGACCCAGGUCUGUUCCUGGACCGGGCCCGAGCCCUCCUCCGAGAACAGGCCCUGAUAGAUGGAGAAAUGGAGGAGGAUGUGGACGGCAGGGAGGAGGAGGAGAGGAAUGGAGAAAGGGUGUUGAAGAGGAGAGGGGGAGUGGCAGGAGGAGGGGGAGGAGGAGGAAGGCAGCUAGCAGAGACCCUAAAGCAGGAGCUGAACUGUGCCGUGUCGCAAGUCGUUGACACCGUCGUCAAGGGCUUCUCUUCGCCCAAGCAGGCCGUCAGUCAUCACCAUGGCUGCCACAGCAGCACACCAGCUGCACCCUCCUCUUCCUCCAACUCAUCCUCUUCCUGCCCUCCACCUUUCGGUCCCCUCCCCUCCCUCACCCCAGACUCACGCUUUGGCGGUGGCGCCCUGGCCCUCAGUAUGAAUGGCGACGGCAGUCCCACUCCUAACUACCACUCCUCCAACCAGAGGCUGCACUGCUUCGGCGAUGUAAUUGUCCCAAGCCCGCUGGAUUCCUUUGGUGGUUUGAGCGGCAGACUGAGUGGUGUGCCAACACCCAACGACCAAACAGAGGCACUGCCGUUGGUGGUGCGCAAGAGUGGUGGAGGAGGUGGAGGAGAAAACACCAACCUCUCUUCCGCUCUUCCUCCUCCACCUCACCAUCCCUCCCUCCACCCUUCUCCCCUCACAGCCUCGCUCGGGUUUAGCCCUCCAUCAUUUCGCCACCCAUUCCCUCUUCCCCUUAUGGGGUAUCCCUUUCAAAACCCACUGGGGUCACACGGUGGUGGAGCUGGCUACCCUCCAGGGCCCAAAGACCACCAUCGGUCCUCCCCCGAUUCCAUGGACAUGACCCGGGAAACUGUCAGCCUCAGAACCAAAAUGGCAUCACUUGGAGGGGGCCACCUCAGUCACCACCACCACCACCACCACCACCACAGGCAGAGCUCACCAAGCCAACAUGGGCCAGAGGGUCUGUCCCUGUCCCUCAUCAAAUCAGAGUGUGGGGACCUGCAAGACAUGUCCGACAUAUCGCCCUACUCAGGCAGCACCAUUCAGGAGGGCUUGUCUCCCAACCACCUGAAGAAGGCCAAGCUGAUGUUCUUCUACACCCGCUACCCUUCCUCCAACAUGCUCAAAAUGUUCUUCUCUGACGUCAAGUUCAAUCGCUGCAUCACCUCCCAGCUGAUCAAGUGGUUCAGCAACUUCAGGGAGUUCUACUACAUCCAGAUGGAGAAGUUUGCCCGCCAGGCCAUCAACGAGGGCGUGACCACCGCAGAGGAGAUGGCGGUAGGCCGCGAUGCCGAGCUCUUCAGGGCGCUCAACAUGCACUACAACAAGGCCAACGACUUUGAGGUUCCCGAUCGAUUUCUGGAGGUGGCCCAGGUGACUCUUCGCGAGUUCUUCAACGCCAUUGUGGCUGGAAAGGAUGCAGACCCAUCCUGGAAGAAGGCCAUCUACAAGGUGAUCUGCAAACUGGACAGCGAGGUUCCCGAGGUCUUUAAAUCCCCCAACUGUCUACAAGAACUCCUCCAUGACUGACUAAAGCGAGGGAGGAAACACGGCAAGCAAGACAAACCUCCAAGGACCGUGAGAAGACUGUAAGAAAAUGCCUCCAAAAGGCGCAGUUAGACUAGGUUGAGGUCUUCAGUGAAAUGCGUUUCAUGGUGUUUGACAUUCAAUGAAGUGACUUUGAGGCUUCCACAGAGGUUUGUUGGUGGUUGUUUUUUGGUCAGCCCUUCUUUUAAAAAGACAAAACUGCCCUCCAAAUGUUUUAUAAAGAAAAAAAAUAUUCCUCUCCAGCGACUUCUACGAGGGCUCGGACUCAUGAGUGAGACGAUACUCAAAUUAACAAAUUAUGUUGAGACUUUUAUAAAUUAAAAGCGAAAUUGAACGUCCUUGCACUUACAGAAUAGCUCCUCCUCGCCGAAAACCCCGUCGCCUCUUUCUCCUCCACCUCGUCCAAGCUCGCUCUUCAUCAACGGGUGAGGGACAGAUGACGGAUCAAUCUUCAGCCCAUGACUUGAGGUCUGGAGCAAACUAAAAAGAAAGAAGAUGAUAAUAUAUAAAAUCUUUUUAUUGUGGAUGUUUUUAAGUUACAUGGACAUUUUGGGGGAAAAAAGUGUUGUUUCUGUAUUUUUUCUCCUUUGUAUAAGCUUACAGCCUCUCUUCUAUAAACCUUCAGUCACUGACAUAGAUACACAUGCACACACAAGCACACUGACACACACCUCUUGAAUAGGAAAGCACAGUAGCAUUCCCAAAUCCUCACCCGAACCCAGACAAACUGGGCAUAAACAAACUUAGUUGUUGUUUAUUUCCCUUCUUUUUCCCCCCUCCUCUUUUUACUUCUCCCUCUUCUUACUGUACUGAGACGUACUGGGUGUUUUUUUGACUGUGUGGCUCUCCUUGCCCCACCCUUCCCUGGCUGCCCCUCUUGGCUCAUGUUUGGAUUCAGGCACCCGGAGCAUCAAAGACAUUUUACCAUUUCAUUUUCAAGAAAUCUCUCGGAUCUAGAUACUUAGAUAUUAGGAAAACACGAGACAAACUGUAUGGCAAGUUUAUUUUAAGCCGUUGUGAAUCCGAUUGAUCCGUUAACCUCAGUUACCGCACUUGUUUGGCUUAAUUACUACAGAGCCGAUGCUAAUGAUAUCUGAGAUUGGUCCCUUUUACCUUUUACCUAAACACGUGAUGGACAGGAUUUCUUCAUUUUUUCAUGUAAGAUUUGUGACAAAGUUAUGUACCGCACAGAACAUUUUAUUGUUGAAAAAUACACUCUAGUGGACAAACUAUGUAAUGGCAACACUGUUUCUAGCAUUUCUGUCUGAUAGAGAAAUACACCAGUAUCUAUAUAUCUGUGAUAAGCCAAAAUCAGAUUUGUUGAUAAUAUUUUCAAGAUAUAGCACUGAUGCUUUAAAAUGGAUCUACCGUUUGUAAGUCAUUGUUGUAAUAGUGUUACAGGAAAUAGUAACAAGAACACAAGAGCUAUUCUUCAUGGUGCUCUGGGACAGCCUAACCUUUGAUGAUACACACUUCGCGGUGCGUCUUUCAAGUACCAAUCGGACUCUUGCACCAAGGAUUUUAACACUUUUACAAAACACUGACGACUAAGUGCGGUACAAUCAGCCGUUCUCCGAGUUGAGCUCAUACCUCGUACAUUCCGAGAUGUCAAAAUGUCCAAUUUUAACGCCCCCUUCAUGCAAAGAACCUUGAUACUGGAAGUCACCACAGGUCACCAAACCUCCACUGGAAUUUUUUCUCGAUGCUCCGGGUGGCCAAGAGGGGCAGCUGCACCGGCCGGGUCAUGUGUGAAGUGUUUAAAGUUUUAACAGCAAAAAAAAAAAAAAAGACAUACAACAAAAUGCUGAUAUUUGUAGCUUGUAUAGAUGUAAUAAUUACUCUGAUAUUGUUAUUAUUUAUAAUUGAAAUAAUUAUUCCUAUUAAUGUUAUUCUGAUGAUGAUUAUUAUUAAUGCUUGCUACAGAUUUGACCAGUGGUUUACUCAUUGUUUAUCCAUCACACUGCAACAUGAAAUAAAUUAUUCUUUGAAAAAAAAGAAAAAGAAAAA